AUGGCUAAAAGUUUCAAUUCUACGCAUGAAAUGGACUCUGAAACAAAUGAUGUGAUCGAAACUGACAGUUUCAUAUUACCAAAUAGUAACGAAAUUCUACGAGAACUAACGACAUUACUCGCGAUUGACGAUGGACUACAGUCAGAAAUUGUGAAAAACUUAUUAUAUCAGGGUCGACAAGUACUGAUUUCCUACAAAGACGACAUCAUCGGUGAUAUCUACGAUGAAGAAAUGAGAGAAAAUAGUAAAUUGUUGCAACUACUCAAGGCAUAUCACCAACAAAGAUGGGAAACAGAAUAUUGUAUGAAAUUUUCAUGGUUUCGUGCACUGAUCGAAGAAUAUGAAAGAGAAACAAAAGAAUUAUACGACCGAGUUUUGACACGAACUGCUGAAUACGGCGAUAAAUACAUGAACAAUUGUCCAUUACUAUCAAUCGCUAUUCAACUAUUAUUCGAAUCAUUGAGUGACGAUGAUAUGUCUACAACUUUCUAUAAUAUAUGGAACUCUCUGACCCAUGAUGGACUACAAUCAAUCACACAACAUUCAGACUACAUCCUGGCAGAAAUAAUGAAUAAACAAUUAGAAAAAUCUCAGGAAAAUAAGCCAUAUGGUUCUUUAUUUAUGGCUCUUCGGGAAUAUUAUCGAAAUGAACUUGUUCAAUAUUUGAGACAAAGUGGGGUAAUAAAUAGGUUAAACUUGCAUGAUUUGGCAUUGGAUUUGGUUGCUGAAUACGGGUGGUUAAACGGUAUUAAGAUGAUUGAACAGAAAACAGCGAAAAAUACUUUUGUUAAAUUGAUGGGCUUGAUCAAUAAAAUCCAGAAGCCAACACCAGAUCCAAUACCAGAUCCAACACCAGAUCCAAUACCAGAUCCAAUAUCAGAUCCAACACCAGAUCCAACACCAGAUCCAACACCAGAUCCAAUACCAGAUCCAACGACAUUGUUCGGUAAUAUGACCUAUUAUGAGAAAGAAAAAAAGCGCUUGUAUCUUGAAGAUUUGCGCCGAGACUUGGCUAAUAUGCCUUCUUGUGCUGAAAAAAGCAUCAUGGAACUUCUGUCGCAUUUUGAAGAUAAGUUAACUGAAGAUCACAUGCCUUCGCAGGAAGACGACACAAUAAUUCUAUUGUUACAGAAGUUGCAGGAUCAGAUAACGAAACAAGAACUAUUUUCAGAGAAAAUUCGAGAAAAUAUUCUAGAUUUGAAAAGAUAUGUAGGUGAACAUGAUGUUUCAUCGACAGUACGGUCUUUGGGAGAACUCUUAACGAAAAUCAGACCUUUAAAUAUACCAGAGAUCUUGCGACUUGUUGAAAAAGCGAGAAAGGCCGGCCAACUAAUUUAUAGUAAAGAAAUUAUUCUUUUGAUAGGCGAAACAGGUACUGGAAAAUCGACUACAAUUCAGUUUCUUGCAGGUUCUAAAAUGAAAAAUAUUAAGGUACAAGUUGAGCCUGGAAGAUUCUUAGAUCAUAUUACAGUAGAUGGACUUAUCGGUAAUCCGGAAUUGAGAAAGGUGACAAGUAGCCCACGAAACAAGGCAGAAACUCGCUACAUCACACCUGUUACGAUUCAGUUGAAAGACAUUUUUGGUCCUCAUGAAUGCGGAGAAAUCAUUUUAUGUGAUGCACCAGGCUUUGGUGAUACAGGAGGUCCAGAGGUCGAUAUCGCAAAUAGUGUGGGAGUUAUUGAAGCUAUCCAAGGAUGUGAGAGUGUCAAGAUACUUGCUCUAUCAAGUUAUAAAGGUUUAGGUGAUAGAGGACAAGGCAUUCAGAAACUAACGCAUUUAUUAAUUAACAUGGUACAUGGAAUUGAGGGGAGACUUAGUGCUAUUUUUUAUGCAUUCACAAAAUAUCCUAAAAACUUUGACAUUAAUGCUACGUUAACGGACAUUAAAAUCUCGAAAGUAGAGACAGAUCCUUUGUUGCGUAACGAUAGUGCUUUUGUAACAGUAUUGACUGAUAUGAUCAAUAAAACUAAGAACUGUGCUGAAAAUAUCGAUCCUGUUCAUGGUGAUCGUAAAAACAUUAUUCAAAAAUUAAAGAAUGUACGCGGUAUUGUGUAUCCCAAAGAAGCUUUUCGAUUUUCGGCGAAUGAGGAAACACAAGCAUGUAUCGCAAAUCAGGCACAAGUAGACAAUUCAAGCAUCAGAUGUGCACUGAAACAUAAAGACAUUGAUCUUGUAAUGUAUUAUUUAAAUAAGCUGAAAAUUUUAAAGGAUUUGCUAAAACACAGUACAGCUGGAGAUGCCUAUGAAGAUGCCAUUCGUUUUAUAAGCGAAGGUGUUGCGGACUAUUGUACAGGAGUAACAAAAAUAUUUAAUCGUUCGCUAACAAGUCAAGAUGGGUUAGCAAAGGAAGACAUUGACGAAUACAAAAGUUCUAUUGUAUAUAUUCAACAAAUCCAAAAAUUAGCAGAAUAUUUAGGAUCAAAUUUAGUGUCCCCUGAAUCAUUGAUGCAAAAUAUUCAUUCCGAGCUCCAGAAAAGACAUCUAGUUGUGAUAGAAGAAGAUUUAUACACUCCAUUAGUAGGAAUAUAUUUCAAUAAUCUUUGUACACUUAAAAUUUCUUUUAAGGAACUAGAAUCAUUUUACACUAAAAGUUGUAAAAAUUUUGAAGAGCGUUUCAAAGAACUAGCACAAUCUGCACAUGAACCUAUUUUCGCUAAUGAGUUCAGUUUGGUAGCUGAAAUUAUUCGUAAAGUAUCAAAAUGUUUGCCGAUUCUGAAUGAUCAUUUGCAUGGACUAGUAGAAGAAAAAUAUAAAGAAAUUGUCCAAUCUCUCUUGCAACACUUGAAUAGAUUAUCUGAAAAAGCCGAGCCUAUUUUAGCAAAAAUUAUAUUAAGUGAAAAUGAGGUUGAAAUCGUCAAAGAUUGUGUGAAAAUACUGAAAUCAGCGAAAGAAAAUCAUGCACUUGAUGAUCGUAUUUCUACAUAUGUAGAAAUGUUGACAAAGGAAAAUGAUAAAAUGGCAGACAACGUGAAAAGUUUAAGUGAUAUUUACAGUGUAUUAAUAGAAAAAAUAGUGAACCAUUUUAAUCAAAUAGACAACAUGAUAUUAGAGCUUUUUAAAACGAAUGGCGAUCGUGCUCUAGAGGAUACAGAAACAUUAGUCAAUGCUAUGAAUAUGAUUCGUACCAUUCCGGAAAUUGAAUUAUUAACUGCCGGAGCAUAUUAUAGUGCCAUUGGAAGCAUAUGUGGACAUAUGUACCAACUCCAACGAGAUGCAGAACAAUUACUUCUUUCUAUUGAUCAUCAGUCAGGAACUCAGAACUAUGCGAAAAUUGCUCGGUUAUUAUCACGUUUGAAAGGUGCCAAAUGGAUGAAUCGUGUUAGUCCGGGAGCAUAUGAUAUUUCGAUAAAUCGUGUAACAGAAGAGUUAGUUCAGUAUUUCCAUCAAUUAGAAGAUAGAUUAAUGAAAUUAGAUUUGAAUUUGAAAUAUCCUGACAAUGUUUGUGUAGCAGAAGAAAUUUUUGAGAAGAUUGAAUCUUUAAGUGUCUUAGAACGGAGUGUACCAGAAUUGAAAAAGUCCAGAGAGGCAAUGAUCGAGCGUUUUCUAGGCAGUGUACAAGCAAAUUUCAAUCGUAUACAAGAAAAAUUUAAUUUACAAGAAAAUAGUGUAUAUCAAACGAAACAAGAAUUAAAAGAGCUUGAACAAAUAAAACGAGAAUACGAUAAUUUACAUCCAGCUCGUAUAUUUUUACAGAAACACGAUUUUUUAGAUAUUAAUAAAUUGGAUGAUGAGAUUGAUGGCCAAGAGAAAAAACAAAAAAUAGAACUCGAACAAGAAAAAGAGAGAAGAUCUAAGAUUGAAUCGGAGUUGAAUGCUUUGAAAUCGAUUAUUCAACAUCAUGAUCAUGUGCGUCACUCAAACGUACAUCAAGAUAAAAGUAGGAAAGAACAGAAUACAGAUGAUCAUUUAAGAUUAGUUGAAGAUUCUAGUAUCGAUACCAUACGUGAAACUGUCGUAAAAACUGAGGAACGUCUUGCUGAUCAAUUGGAAAUUAUUCAAGAAAAACAGACGAAAUAUAAUAAUUCUUUGGCUCCAUUAAAAUCCAUCAAAAACCAAUAUGAAUCUUUGUUGAUUACGCACGAUUCUGUUUCUUCUGAACAAAUAAAUUUUCUACAAGAAAAGGGACAAGAGAGUAUUGAAUUACUCACUGAAAUUAUAGAAAAGAAGAAAAAAAUUAUUACUGAACGUCAAAAAAAUAAGCAAUCCCAUGAUUUUAGUAUUAGAUUCGAUGCAUCUACAGCAGAUAUAGCAUUAUUAUAUACAAGUAAUUGUGGAAGAAUAGCUAAUGUUCGUUUAAAAGAAAUUGCAGCCGAUAUUCAUGAUAUACUGAAGAAGUAUAUUUGUGAAUAUGGAUUUUUUCUUGAUCAAGAAAUCAGAAAAUUAUUCACUCAUUUAACUACUAUUGGUUCUCAAGAAGAUCUUUCUCAGUGUUCUCAAGAUUUAGAAACACAUCUCGAAGACUUAUCUUCUCUGAGUGAAUUCAAACAUGUUUUCGAAUGUAUCGAAGGAGCUAAAAAAAUAGAUCAUUGGCGUAGAAAAUUUAGUGAACGGCAUCGUGUUAUGAGUGUUGCCAUGGAAGAAUACAAAUCUUCUGGUAACAACAAAGAAUUAAAAGAGCAAUUAACCAUGGCGCAAGGAUUGAUGCAUUUAGAUCAGUUUUGUGGCGAUACGUUCUUAUCCAAAGGAUUUGCAACACUGUAUAAACAGUAUCAGGUGGAACUAAACAAGGAGUUUAAGCAAGCCUAUGAAACUGUGCGAAACUGCAUAUCUAACGGAGAUUAUGCAAAGGUAGAUAUGGAAUUAGUUAAUAUUGAUGAGAAAACAACCAAUCGAAAGGAGAUAGAGAGCAUAAAGCACGAUUUGCAAACUUCUUUAAAGAAUCUGAUGCAAAGUACUCGUAGUAUUAUCAAUGGUCUCGAUCAGAGAAUGGGACUAAUGGAACAAAAUCAGAGUCAAACAGAAAAGAUGAAUGAAAAUAUCGAAAAGAUUCAUAUUGUUUUGAGUAAACCGAGACUUAUGGAAUUCAUCCAAGAAAACACCAAAUCUGAUCUGACCAAUUUCGAAGAAUCUAUCAAAAAACUUUUAUGUGAAAUACUUUUAAAGGAACUCAAUUCUAUUGAAGAGUUCAUGGAUAAUGAUGAUGCUUUCGAGGCUGAACAAAGAAUGGAAAAGUUUCGUCAGGUGCAACAAGAGUUCGCCAGUGAUUUUACCAUGGUAACUGUUACUGAAAAGGCAAAUGAAGUAAGAAAAAGAUUGGAUAAUUUAGCUAGCAAUAUUUUAAAACAAAAUGACUUUAAAAAUAUUGAAAAAUACGCCAAAAAGCCACCCAAAGAUCUUUUAUCUAAAUUAGAAAAAGCUGCUUCCCAUUGUAGUCAAAAAUAUACUAAAGUUUGCUCGUCUAUAUUAUCAGAUAUUCAAGAUUAUUUUGAUGCAGCUAUAAAGAAUGCAUGUGAAGCUCCAAUCGAGAAACGUCAUACGCAAAUGAUUUCAUUAAAUUCUAUAGUAAGAUAUUUACCAGAAGGAAUGCAAAAGUCAUUGAAGCCACAAAUGGAUGAACUUACUAAGAAAUUCAUCGACGAAGAAAGAGAAUAUAGACGUGAUUUGAAAGACUUUCUCGAAAAUGAAACUAUAAACGAUUCAGCCAUUAAAAGAAUAGGCGAACUUGCUUUGACAUAUAAAAAAGAAAACCGAGAUGAACCUCUUGAAAUUCUACGUAACGGGGUUAUCAAAAAGUUGGAUAAUCACUUAAAAAGUGUACAGAAUGCAUUAGAUAGCAAAGAUAUACAAUCCGCUGUCAAUAAUAUGAAGCAAAUCAUUAAAUAUAAAGAAAAUGUACAGAAUAUUUCAGAAAUAGAUGAAUUUUAUAAACAGGUUUGUACUUUAACAAGUACAUAUGUUACCAAUUAUGCGGAAACUUUUACUGACAUAUUCAAAAUUGAGAAAACUCAAAUAGUUGACCAAGCUUUUAGUAAUAUGAUUGCAUACAUCGAGCUUGGUGAAGAAUUUCCUCAAAGAACUCAUGAAUUACUACCCGAAAAAGUCUUGCAAAAUGUCGAAAUUGGAUUGAAAAAUCUGUACGAUAAUUGGAAUAACAUUUCUAAUACAUUCGAUACUGCUAUGAACGAGCUGAAUAUAAAGUCAAUACGUGAAGUAACAAGUAUAAUAGAACGUUGGGAUGGAUUUUUAAACAAGAUUAGAAAUUGUUAUUGUCGACAUAAUUUAAUACAAAGAUUUUUGAAUGCCAUGAAAAAUAUUAAAUUGUACUCGGAAACGAUGUCUGAAUUAAAGAAAAUGAUAAUCUAUUUGAAACAAAGUCUAGAUGUAAAACUGAUUAGUGACGAAACGACACGAUUUGAAGCAAUGUGUGAUCAAUUUUUCAGUAAACUUGGAAUGUAUUUCAAAGCAUUGAAAUCGAUAAGUUCAGAAUUUAAAAAUAUUUUAUUAUCAGAAACAGAUAUGGAAAAAAUAGAGACAGGACUCAAAGAGAAAGUCGAACAUGUUAAGAAGAAACUUCUUGACUGUGCAUCAAAAGAUGGACUUUCACACAUAGAAUCAGAUUAUUUUCGUACGUAUUACAAUCAUCUUGUAUACUUUGAUAAAUAUGUACGUCUUCCAGAAGCCAAAAUUCAAGAUACUUUAGAAUUAGCCGAAGCUAAAAUUUUCCAACAAGUAAAAUCUUUAUCUAAAGACAUUGCAGGUUUAGACUGUGAUGUUACAAAAUUCGCUGAAUCGCUCGUAAAAAUGAAGUUUUUUGCUGAGAAUUUCUCAAUGUUUGAAAUGAAAAUCAAUGCAAUAAUAGAUGAUGUUUUAAAAUCGUACAAAACACAGCAUGGUGCUUUGACUCUUUCGCAAUUGAGUAUGAUAUUAGAGAAAACUGAUGAAGGUGCUCGAUUAGUUGUUGAACAUUCGUGUUUGAGCGCAGAAGAUUGGAGAAAGCGACGUGAAAAAAUGCAAAAGCAAGAUGAUCUAGAUUAUAUUAUAGGAGAGUUGAAAGGAGAUGAUCUUGCUACAGAUGUUCUACGUUCCCGCUAUAAAACUUUCAGAAAAAUGUACGAUAAUUUAAUAUCGAACAUUUUAGCAGCAUUUAAUCCGACGACUCAGGCAGAGCCAGAUCUUGAAGUAUUGAUUACACAAACGAAGGUUCUUAUUGGAACAAUAGUUCAAAAAGCGAAUGAAAUUUCUUGGGAUCAUUCCUUUCGAGAUAGGAUUCCUGAAUUAUUAGCACAUAUUUUUGCUGUAUGGACUUUGAAAAAUACUCAACAUUAUAAUGCUAUGCGUGGUAUUGAUGCAUCAAAUACUUAUCUUUUGAUGCCACAUGCUGCACAAGUUAUUGCCAUUUUUCGUAUUCUCGGUAUUGGUUAUAAAGAAUACAAAACAAUUAAAGGAUAUAAAGUACCCCUCACUGGAAGAAUCUCUAAUGAUUUGAUAAAUAAUUUAGUACAGAUAGGAACAGGUGAAGGCAAAUCAGUGGUUAUAGCAGUUACUGCCUGUGUUUUUGCUCUUGUUGGAGUCGAUGUUGAUUGUUCAUGCUAUAGUGAAUAUUUAAGUAUGCGAGAUAAGAAUGAUUUUGCUCCAGUAUUUCGAGCGCUUGGAAUUGAAGAACACAUUCAGUAUGGAACUUUCAAUAAAUUGUGCGAAAACUUCUUGAAUGAGCAAUGUAAUAUACGAGAAAAAGUGCAUGAUAUGAUCAUGAAUAAUAAGAACGCCAUGGAUGUAAUUCAUAUGACUGCAUGUAUCCGUCCGAAAGUAUUGUUAAUUGAUGAAGUAGAUGUUUUUCUAAGUGAAAAAUAUUAUGGUGGAAUGUAUACAUCAGCGGUAUAUUUAAAAGAUUCCUCGAUAAACACUUUGUUAGACACAUUAUGGAAAAAUAGAAAUUUGCGCGCAUUGAACGCUGUUAAAGUCACGCCAGCAUAUCAAGCUUGUGCUACUCGAUUUAGCAAUUGGAUUUUUCUUUUCGAUGAAGCCAUAAAAGAUAUGUUGGCUGCUUUACAAUCAUUUCAGUCAUCAACAUAUAUUAUACAGAAUGAUAAAAUAGUCUAUGUCGAAGGUGAAUCCAUCGCAGAAAAUGUAGUUCGCGGUUAUGAUACAAUUUGGGCAUAUUAUUUUGAGAAUGAAAAAGGUUUUAUUAGUCAGAGUAGCUUGGAAACAAAUGUGGGUAUCAUCAUUAACUGUGGAACAUUCUCUUACGCUGAAAUGCCCCAUGAAUUUGCCUAUAUCACAGGUGUUACUGGUACUUUAAAAACACUUGCAGAACCGGAAAAAAAUAUUCUUCAAAAGGUUUAUGAGAUACACAAGAACACUUAUAUGCCAUCAGUUUUUGGGAAAAGUAAUCGGAAUUAUAAUCCUACUAAUGAUGUAGAGGCAGUGAACAAAUCAGAAUAUUUCAUGAGAAUUCGUGGAGAAAUUGACGCAAUUUGCAAUGCUCAACGUGCAAUUUUUGUAUUUUUCGAAUUAGAAGAAAAGUUAAUGUCAUUUUACAAUUCUUCGGAAUUGUCAUCUAUAAAACAGAAUGUGCAAAUUAUUACCGAGAAAGUUUCGACCAAAGAGAGAGAGUUAUGCAUUAAACGCGCAGCAACCGGUGGUAAAGCUACACUAUUGACUCGAACAUUUGGUCGGGGGACUGAUUUCAUAUGUCGAAAUCGACAAGUGUUAGCUAAUGGUGGUAUUCAUGUACUGCAAACAUUCUUUUCCGAAGAAUUAUCUGAAGAAUAUCAAAUAAUGGGAAGAGGAGCGCGACAAGGAGAUCGUGGUUCAUAUAGAAUGAUAUUGUUAGAUUGCGAUUUGGAAAGGUUUCUUGGCGCCGAUUGGGACAAGAAAAUUUCCAAAAUAACAGGUUCUACUCUUUAUGAUACUUUGAAUAAAGCUCGUAACGCACUGUAUGAAAGCAAGUGUGCUGCGAAAGAAGUUGGUAUAGAACAAUGCAGGCAUGAGCAUCAAGUUUCUAAAAGCUUUAUGGAUGCAUUGUUAGAAGGAAAAAUGGACAUUGUCAAAAAGGUUUUGACUGAGAAAAAUCGUGGAGCAAAUAUAGCUUCAGGGAUUUCGCGUACACUUCUUCUUAUGGAUGCAACAGGAUCCAUGAAGAGUUUAUUGUCUGCUACCAAAGACACAGUGUGUACGAUGUUUGAACGCGCUUCAGCAGUUUUAGAGGAAAAAGGAAUAUCAAAAGAUGCAUUCUCAAUGCAAUUUGCUGUUUAUCGAAACUAUAAUUGUAGAGAUAAUAAGAUUUUGGAAGUUUCUCCUUGGGAGACAAAGGCUAGUAAUUUAAGAACAUUUAUAAACAGAAUUGGUCCUGAAGGUGGAAAGGGACAUGAAGCGAUUGAAAUAGGAUUAUGGCAUGCAGUCAAAGAAAGUGAAAGGCAAGACGAAAUUUCGCAAGUUAUUUUGAUAGGAGAUGCUCCAGCGAAUACUAAAACUAAUGUAGCUAAGAACCGAGCACAAUUCGGUGAAGCCUAUUGGAAGCAGAGUAGAUUUGCUACACCAACAUAUUAUGAAGAUGAAUUAGAAAAGUUGAAAACAAAAAAUAUUCCUAUUCAUGCAUUUUAUCUCACUGAUUACGCAAAAGAUAAUUUUCAAAAAAUUGCAAAAGAAACAAAAGGACGAUGUGAAUGGCUGGAUAUUUCUUCCACCACAGGUGCUGAAUCAUUGACUAACUUUGUUACAGAAGAAGUUCUUAGAAAGUCAGCUGGAGAUCAAGGAGAUGCUGCAGUAGAACUAUAUAAAGCGAAAUAUGUGAAGAAAAUGUUUAUAUCCUAA